AUGGAGUUGGUGAAGGAGGUGGGGAUCCUGGCCUUCGCGUUCGAGGGCGGGGGCCGCGGGGUAGGCACCUGCUACUCGGAGGCGAUUGACGUCACCGACGACCUGUGGGCCGAGGCGCUGAACGACCGCGUCGAUCUGACGUGCCCAGGCGGCGCUUGGGUCUACAACGAGCACGCCUCCACCUGCAUCAUGAACGCGAGCAUGUUCGGAGACCUCUUCGACGACAGCUCCUUAGCUUUCGGGGCGGCCGCGUGUCUCGCGGCAGCACAGGGCGUGCCUCCAUGUGGCACCGCGGCACGUCUUUCGCGGGAGGUCCUGCAGGGCAGCGGCUAG